CGUUCUAUUCCAUUAAUAUUUUCGUAUGUGCGAAAACUAUACUGCUCUAUAGUCUGUGGGUCUAUCCAUUUGACUUUUUGUGAUUUUGUGACUGUUUAACGAUUUGACGUUGCUUGUUUGGUUAUUGGUUAUUGUCAAUUAUUAUUCCUUUCGUUUUAUACGAAGUUUAAUAUGAAAGUAAGUAAUUUACACGUUUUGUGAGAAAAUUGUUGAGAUUAUCUCUCGACUUAAAAAUAGAUCACGAUGGAGGCUCCGUCAAUGGACACUGUUUACCAGGCUAUAAGUGCUUUAUACGAUAACCCCAAUGCAAAUGAAAAGGAAAAGGCAUCUCUUUGGCUUGGAGAUGUCCAGAAAUCUAUACACUCUUGGAAGAUAUCGGAUCAACUUUUACAAGAAAAAAAAGAUGAACAGUCCUACUAUUUCGCCGCACAGACCAUGAGAUCUAAAGUACAACAUAACCUCUCUGAGCUGCCACCUGAGUCUCUUGUGUCCCUUCGAGAUUCUUUGAUCGCCCACCUGGAAAAUGCAGCAGCUGGUACAAGUAAUGCUAUACUCACACAACUGUCACUAGCUCUGGCGGAUUUGGCUCUACAAAUGCAGACAUGGCAAAAUUGUGUUAGCGACCUCAUUAAAUUGUUUUCGACAAAAAAUGAAUUUGCAUUACUAGAAAUAUUGACUGUAUUGCCUCAAGAAAUUGACUCUCCGAAUUUGAAAUUAGGUGAAAAUCGUAGAGAAGAGAUAAAAAAUGAACUAAGAGCUAAUUCUAAUUUAGUUUGCUUAUUUUUAAAGGAGAGCAUAGCAAACUCUCAGAAUUCACAAAUAUCAUUAAAAAUAGUUAAAUGUAUGACAUCAUGGAUACAGGUGCGGGCUGUUAAUAUAGAUGAGGUGCCACAGAAUGCGGUGAUAGGCUUUUGUUUGCAAGUUCUCAGAGAUCACAACUCAAUAAACUUGCUACAUGAUGCAGCGUCUGACUGCAUAUGUGCUCUAUUGCAUUGUCUAGAGGAAAACAACAAUAAUGAAGACAUAGAAAGGCUGUUGUUUGAUAGUAUAGCAUCUUUAGAAGAGAGUUAUCACAUGGCAGUAGCCCAUGAAGAGGAAGAAAAAGCAGUAAACUAUGCUAAAGUGUUCACAGAGUUGGCUGAGACAUUUUUAGAGAAGAUAGUAUUUUGUACAGCGAGUGGACGGGUUCAUUUCGCUAUGAGGUCCCUAGAAUUAGCACUUGUCUGUGUUGGUCAUCAUGAUUAUGAGGUAGCGGAAAUAACAUUCAAUUUGUGGUAUAGAUUGUCAGAGGAAGUGUAUCAGAGAGAUCAGCAGCCGCUGACUGAUGCGUUCAAGCCGCACAUUGAGAGGCUCAUUGAAGCCCUGGCCCGUCAUUGCCAGCUUGAGCCUGACAACACUAAAUUGCCUGAUGAGGGUGAUGAGUUUUAUGAGUUCCGCAUGAAGGUGAUGGAGCUGAUCAAAGACGUGGUGUUCAUGGUGGGAUCGAGCGCGGUGUUCCGGCAGAUGUUCGCGGCGCUGCAGGCCGACUGCUCCUGGGAGCACACCGAGGCCGCCCUCUUCAUCAUGCAAGCCGUCGCUAAAAAUAUAUUACCUGACGAGGAGGAGUACGUGCCGAAGGUGGUGGAGGCGAUCCUGUCGAUGCCGGCGGAGAGCCACGUGGCGGUGCGGCGCACCUGCAUCCUGCUGCUGGGCGAGCUGUGCGAGUGGGUGGAGCGCCACCCUGCCUGCCUGCAGCCUUGUCUGCACGCCCUUUUGCACGCGCUUCACCACCCCAGUCUCGCGCCCGCCGCCGCGCAAGCCUUGCAGAGUAUUUGCAAGGCAUGCCGCACUCAGGCGUCCGCGCACGUGGAUACGCUGGUGGCGGCGGCGCGCACGGCGGACACGGCGUCGCAGCCUCUGGCGGGCACGGCGGGCGCGACGCUGCUGCGCGCGCUGGCCGCGCCGCACGCUGCGCAACCCCUGCUGCAGCUGCUGCACGCGCUCCUCCCGCCCGCGCUCGCCCUGCUGCAGGCGCACAACGGCCUGCAGGACAACCCCGACACCGUCGACGACCUCUUCAGGCUCUGCAUCAGAUAUCUGCAGCACAUCCCGGUGGCGUUCCUGUCGUCGGGCGCGGCGCCGUCCGUGCUGCAAUGUGCGGCAUUGGCCUCGCGGCUCGACCACCGCGAAGCCAACUCCUCCGUCAUGAAGUUCCUCGGCGAUCUGCUGCGCUGCGCCAACGACAUCCCCGCGGACGCCACGCCCGAGAAGCAACAGAUCAAGAGUCUGGCGGACUCUGCGUUGUCGCAGUACGGGGAACAGCUGACGUGCGCGCUGGUGGAGGCGGCGGCGCUGCACCUGCACGCCUACAUGCUGAGCGAGGUGGGCGAGGUGGUGCUGGAGCUGAUGCGGUGGGCGCGCGCACACGGCGCCGACUGGCUGCGGCCCGCCCUCGCCCGCCUGCCGCGAGACACGGAGCGCGCCGCCGCGCCCACGGACAACCAGUGCUGGCAGUUCCACCAGUAUGCGCUCAGAGCUGAGAAAUGCAAGGAGAUGACAAGACUACUGCUACGGAAACAACAAUCUGGGGAAUAA